CCUUUUUGCGAUUAGCAUCACUGCCUCGAGGCGUCGACCCACUUGUCCUCUCCCAUCAUGAACCAGGCAGAUUCAGCAACGAAUUCAUACUCGGUAGACCCGGCAGAUGUCAUCCUAGAUGGACACCAGGGUAUGGUGAUAGCUGUCGCCUUCCAUCCUACCCUCGACUUGUUGGCGUCCGCCAGUGACGAUCGCACCAUCAAGAUAUGGCAGUACGACAUCGGCGCACUGCAACGGACUGUCCUGGGGCACAUAGGGUCCGUCAAUGACCUUGAUUUCAACAGCAAGGGUACUCUACUUGUGAGUUGCUCCUCGGACCGCACGAUCAGGAUAUGGGACGUCGGAAACGGGUGGGCGGACACGAACACAUUUGUGGGACACGAACAUACCGUGUCCUCAGUCCGCUUCAUGCCCGGCGAUCAGCAGAUCGUCAGCGGUAGCCGCGAUGGGACCGUCAGGAUAUGGGAUGUGGCGUCGGCGGCUGAGCUUCGCACCGUGAUAGCCAAUGCGGGGUGGAUCAGAUGUGUCCGCCCGUCCUAUGACGGCCAGGCCAUCUUGAGUUCAUCCGACCAGGUUGCUCGCUUGAGCGACGCGCGUACCGGACAGACGUUGGUGGAGUUUGUAGGGCACGACCUCGUCGUCGAGGCGGCUGCCUUCGCACCUGUGGCAGCCUACCCUGCCAUACGCGAACUCGCGGGCCAUAUCUCAGAGGCUGGUGGCCCGGAGCGACCGGGAAGGUACAUGGCCACCGCAUCGCGAGACAAGUGCAUCAAAAUCUGGGACUACCAGAGCGGGCAGGCCAUAGGGACCCUAGUGGGCCAUUGCUACUGGGUGCAGGCGCUCGUCUUCCACCCCAGUGGUAAAUAUUUGCUCUCUGCGUCGGACGACUAUACCAUCCGCGUGUGGGAGCUGAGGACGGGGCGCUGCGUGCGGACGGUCGAGGCGCACCCGCACUUCGUGUCGUGUUUGGCGUUGAACCCGAGGUCUGCGAGGUCUCGCAGCCUCGUCGCGUCGGGCGGCCCGGACAUGACCGUCAAGGUCUGGGACGAGGAGGCUUGGAUACAGGAGGCUUCGGCGAGGUUGUAGAGGCACCUCCAUACUGGGUCGACCCUUGAGCUUCUCGAUAAGUCGGUAGGUCUGUGUCAAACAUGAUGGAGGAAUGUAUUAGCAUAGCGACGUGUAUGGUAUGAUCUUAUAGCAGGUCUUCCGAGCAG